AGGUGGUAUACAAUUUGAUGUCGUUGCGGUACAACACGAGAAUAAGGGUGAAGACCUACACGGACGAGUUGACACCACUGGACUCGGCUUGUCCCGUUUACGUAGGCGCCAACUGGUACGAACGAGAAGUUUACGAUUUGUUCGGCGUCUACUUCCAAGAUCACCCGGAUUUGCGGCGAAUCCUCACGGAUUACGGCUUUGAAGGACAUCCGUUCCGCAAGGAUUUUCCGCUUUCUGGCUACGUUGAGGUGCGUUAUGACGAUGAGCAGAAGCGUUGUGUAAUUGAACCGGUGGAAAUGGCUCAAGAGUUUCGCAAAUUCGACUUGGACGCAACUUGGGAAUCGUUUCCCAAAUUCCGCUCGUGA